AUGUCAUAGACCGAUAAAGAAUUGAAAAGGAUUGAAGAGUUGGAAGAAUAAGUAAAUCAAGCCUUAAAGAGAAGCAGAUAACUCGAUGAUAGUACCAAAUUUGAUGAAAGCUUUUUUAAAUAAGAACUUAAAGAGAUGUAAGAAAGAUGUUAGCAGAAUCAAUAAACAAUGAUGAGAUUAGAAUAAAAGUAUUUAAAAACAGGAUAUGAAUUGAAAAAUUCAGAUAUAAUUAGAGAGAGUAGUCUUGAAAAAAGUUCUGUUAAAUAAAAGAGCUUAUUGGAAUAAAAAAAUUAAUAAAUCUAAGAACUCUAAAAAAAGUUAUUCGAUACUGAAAGAUAAUACAAUCAAUAAUUAUCUGAAGUGAAUCGAAGAAAUCAACAAUUGGAAUAUUAAAAUUAAUAACUAUAGGAAGAUUUAUAGAAUCUCCAAAAUUAAUAAGACAGUAUUCCUGAUGUUAUGGAAUUGCAUAGAGCCUUAGAAGAAUUACAAAAGCAAUACUUGGACCUAUAGAAUAAAUUACAGGAAACCAUGAGGAACGAUUAAUAAGAUUAUUAAUCAAUAAAGCAAGAAUAUGAAGAAUAUUAAUUAUUGACAUAAAAUAUUAUUAAUUAAGAGGAAGAGUAUCAAAGAAGAAUAUGUGAGUUGGAAGAAGAAUUAUAAUAAAGUUCAACAUUCUAGUAAGAAUUCAUGAGUAGGAUGAAAUCUAAUGAAGAACUAUAUUCAUAACGAUAUAGAGAUUUAAAAUAAAAGUACUAAUAAUAGUUAGAUGAUCAAAGAAAGAUUUUAGAUUAGUAAAUUGAUGAAUUGAGGGAAUAGAAUAAUUACCUUUUUGGACAGCUUUCUAAUGCAGAAUGCAAAAUCCAGUAGUUAGAAUUUGAAAUUUAAAGGAAAAACAAUCUUCAAACUUCAGUUCAUUAAGAAAAUAGUGUUGAUUUAUAAGUAUCACGAAGUAAAUCAUUUUCUGCCUGCCAUUAACCUUAAAAUGUCAAAACACUUUCAGAUUGUGAAAUUAAUUCUAAAGCAAAGCCUUAACAUUAUGUUGGGUGCUAUAACAAAGGGAAACAGUCUUGUACUCAAUAAUCACAGUAGAUAUCAAAUAAAUAAGAUUAAAGAAAUGAUUACAAGCAAUAUGACUCAAGACCUGUUAAAUAAAUCAACAUUUCCAUUGAAAAAGAAAAUAUUCAAGCAGAUACUCUAUCUUCAUAUAAUAAAAUAAGAUCCCAAUCAAAAGAGCAACCUAUUACAUAUAAAUAAGUAGCUGAAUAACGAUAGGCUAUUCUCUAUUCCAAAAUCCCUAAACCAAGAAGAUGA